GUGAUAAAAUUUAAAUUGAAACAAUUAUAGAUACUAUCGGAUAUUAUCUACAUCGAUCCGUUAAGUACACAUGCAGACGCUCUGCUAGACGAAGAAGAUGAAUUCGAGGAUGAUGACGACAAGUUUGUGGAAGGAAAUGAGAGAGAGAAAAGAAAGUGGCCGAGCAAGAGUGUAGAGGGUUCAAGAAAAUAUAAAGUGACUGGUACAGUUCUGGAUCGCAAGUACUUGUGUCCAGAGGACGUGACAGUGAUCAACUCGGAUGAUAAAGACCUUCUUUUAUCUGAGUUAAUGACCUGCGGUAUUAUUAUCUAUGACAUUACACAGGAACCAGACCAGAUCAAGGAAGCAUGUUGGAUUUUGAAGGAGCUUAUUCGUAUGUUGGAAAGUAUGGAAAAAAAAUCGCCAAAAGCUUUUAAACAAGAAGAGUCAACACGAUAUUUUAUUUUGAUUUCCACCAUAAUGACAUGGGCUUUCACAAAGCCGUUAGAUCCGGUAGAUCCAGAUUUACCAUUCACAGAAGCAGAUUACCGAAAACGAAAGCCUCAUCCGAAUUACAAGGAACACAUUCAAUGUGAGAGAGAGGUUGUGGCCGUGAAGAAGAUCGCCAAAUUAAAAAACAAAUUACGAACGUUAGUUAUUUGUUGCGGUAUCACAUACGGUGAGGAGGAAGGACCACUUCAUUAUCUCUUUAAAAUGGCAUGGCAAAACGCACCUUUCUUACCUAUAUUUGGCAAAGGACAGAACAAAAUACCUCUUCUACAUAUUCGUGACUUGGCCGCAACUGUAUCCUCAGUGUUACAAAAUUGGCCUCCUAUGCAAUAUAUCGUGGCAAUAGAGCGGGAAUUAAUCUCUCAAAAUACGAUUGUGAAGAAAAUUAGUCAAGGCUUAACUACUGGUAAUGUAAAAAGCGUAUCAAAGGAAGAGGCUCUUUCGUUGCCAGAAGUGUCUCAUCAAGUAUAUGAUCAAAUGACAGUAGAUUUAAACAUUGAUCCUGUGUACAUCAUUGACCAAAUAUGCUGGUAUUUUGAAAUGCCAUUUCGAGAUGUUGUAGACAUAGUUAUAACAGAAUACAAAACAGCGCGGAAUCUACGUCCAGUGAAAAUAAUCGUUCUUGGUCCGCCAGCAUCUGGCAAAACACGGAUUGCUCGAUAUUUCGCAGAUUAUUAUGGAAUACAUUAUAUUCAUGUGAAAACAUUGGUCUCUGAUACAAUUCAAAAAUUGAUCGACAACAUUGAAGCUGUGAAAGCAGGUAUAAGACGACAAGAUGACAUAAGAGAUACAACAGAAAGUGCAGGUGGCGACGAGGAUAAAAGAACUGAAGAAGAAGCAGAGGUGAGCCUGAAAAGAUUGCAAAAGGAACUUGAUGAGAUCCGGUCAAACAUGGCAGCGAAUAAUGGCCGUCUCGACGAUAUCAUCUUAAAUAAGUUGUUCCUAAGCCGGUUGAAUUCGAAAGACUGUUUGAAUCAAGGAUAUGUGAUGGAUGGACAUCCAAAGACCCUUGAACAAGCCAAGAAUCUAUUUUUGAUCGACGAUUUAGAAAAAAUCAAAGAAAAAUUCACGGACGACAAUGUCGAAAUGAAAAAUGUUAAUACGAUGAUUCUACCGGAAUUGAUCGUAGUUCUGGAAGCGAGUGAUGAGUUUUUAAAAGAACGAAUCAUAAAUCGUCCAGAGAGGGAGAUACAAAACACACAUUAUACGGAGGAGCACAUGCUACGACGCAUGAGAGAAUACAGGGAAAGAAACACAGACGAUAACACGCCGUUACAAUUAUUCGACGUAAUGGAAAUCCAUCCACUUGUCAUCUCUGUGGAAACUGACGUUUGCCCAGAUAUGUUCCCUACAAUUUAUCGGUGCCUGGAAAAAUUAGGAAAACCAAGAAAUUACGGACCAACAACUGAGGAAAUGGAAGUUGCACGGAAACGCGUUGAAACGGAAACACAAGCUGCUGAAGUUGUGGAAAAAUUGAGAAAAGAGCAAGAAAUUUUGGAAUGUAAAAGGCAGCGCGAAAAGAAAAUGAUGGAAUGGGACAACUUGAUGGAGAAGCUGAAAUUAGAGGAGGAGGAGAGACUUUGUGUUUUGGCAGAGCCGUUACGCAAUUAUCUGAUGAAGUACGUUUUUCCAACUCUGACAGAAGCUUUAAUAGAAGUGACAAAAUUACGACCGGAGGAUCCAAUAGAUUUUUUGGCCGAAUAUUUAUUUAAAAAGAAUCCCGAGGGAAGGAUGUUCGAGCCGGAUUACACAGAAACAAUGAGCAUGCUCCUGGAUGCUGUCGGUCGACAACAAAAUGAUGCUCUUCCAAGGGAAGGAUUGGAAACCGACGUUGCACAAUUUCUCAAAAGGCAAGAUGAACUGUUCACCGUGAAUAAAAUAAGAAAAAGCGGAAUGCAAGACGUGGACAGAAAGAUAGAUACGACGUCGAUUCUCGAACAGAAUUUUGAGUAUGAGAGAUUUGAUGAUUCUGAAAAGGAAGAAUUGGAUUCCACUGAACGAACGACCGACGAAAUCGGAAGCGAAGCUUAACGAACCGUCAAAUUAUUCUUAAAGUAGAUAGUAACUUCUUACUAAUCUGGAUACACAACAUGGUGGAAUUUAAAGACAAAAAUCCAACUGCAUUUCAAUAUUUAUGAUAUUCUGCCAAUUGACCCUCCGGAGGGUUGAAUGACGGAUAUGACACUAAAAUCUAUAACACAGUUACUGAGACUGGG